UAGAGAGGCAGGACGCGUCGUUGCGACUUGGAGACGUUUUUGGAUGAAAGACCUGUGCAGCCGCUGCUGAGGAAGAGACGCGGGAGCGCAGGAGUUUUACCCCAAGUUCACUGCAGCAGGUCGUUGUGACAGGGACCUUGUUCUCAGGGAAACAUCCCUGGGGACACACACAUACUCACAAGCACACACACACACAAUCCCACACAGGCACCAUGCAGGAGUCGGAGCCUACAGUGUGCCAGCUGCAGCCCAACAUCAUCUCAGUGCGUCUUUUCAAGAGGAAGGUUGGUGGUCUGGGCUUUCUGGUGAAGCAGAGGGUGUCCAAGCCACCUGUCAUCGUGUCUGACCUCAUCCGUGGCGGGGCAGCAGAGGAGUGUGGCCUGGUGCAGGUGGGCGACAUCAUCUUGGCUGUAAACAACAAGCCCCUGGUGGACCUGUCCUACGAACGAGCCCUGGAGACGCUUAAGAACGUGUCACCCGAGAGCCAUGCCGUACUGAUCCUCCGUGGGCCUGAGGGCUUCACCACCCACCUGGAGACAACCCUGUCUGGAGAUGGCCACCAACGCACAGUGAGGGUCACACGUCCUGCCGUCCCACCCUCAAAGUCCUACGAGCAGUGCUACCCAUUCAGCCCUGGGCAGCAGCAGCAGGUUAAGGAGCCUCAGCUUAGGGCCAUUGAGAACCUGUCCUCUCCGUCCAUCACCCAGUCCCUCUUGCAGAGGGGUGGUGUGCAGGCCCAGGAUCCCCUGCUGAUGAAGGAGGAGGGGUGUGAAGCUAACCUGUGCAACGGUUUGGAGGAGAACAAUGAGCUGCUGAAGGAGAUCGAACCAGUGCUGCGCCUCAUCAAAAACAGCAAGAAGGAGAUCAAUGGAGAAGGCCAGAGGAACACUGAGAGAAGGGACGCCGAGAUUCAAGUGGCCUGGGAACUUGGCGUGGGAAAUGACACGUCUCCCCAGCUGGCGUCAGAUAACAACAGAACGCUGGAAAACAUGCCGGUGGUGCUCAACAACGCUGGCAGUGAUGAGCCUCUGGCCCAAGGCAAGACUUCACCCAUGUCAAUGCAGAAUGGCAGUCCCUCGAAAUGCCCCCGCUUCAUGAAGAUCAAGAACUGGGAGACUGGCACCAUCUACAGUGACACACUCUACCACAGCACCAGCAAGCUCCAAGAGACAGUCCAACAAGGCCCACCUGAAACACACAGAGAGAGAGACCAAUCAGCCAUACGGAGGCCAGUCUGCUCUGAAAAUGUGUGCAUCGGCUCUGUGAUGAUGCCCAACCACUAUGUCCGCAAGCCAGAAGAGGCGAGAAACAAAGAGUUGCUUCUUCCACUGGCCACAGACUUCAUAGACCAGUACUACACCUCCAUCAAAAGGAAUGGCUCCAAGGCCCAUGUGGACAGGCUGGAGGAGGUGACCAAGGAGAUUGAAGCUUCAGGAACUUACCAGCUGAAAGACAAUGAACUGAUUUAUGGAGCCAAGCACGCCUGGAGGAAUGCUGCCCGGUGUGUAGGGAGGAUCCAGUGGUCCAAACUACAGGUUUUUGACGCUAGAGACUGCACAACAGCUCAUGGAAUGUACAACUACAUCUGUAACCACAUCAAGUAUGCCACCAACAAAGGCAAUCUGAGGUCAGCCAUCACUAUAUUUCCACAGAGAGUAGCUAGCAACCGUGACUUCCGAGUGUGGAACACUCAGCUGAUUCGUUAUGCAGGCUACAAACAACCUGAUGGACGUAUCAUUGGAGAUCCUGCCAAUGUUGAAUUUACUGAGAUCUGCUUGCAGCUGGGAUGGAAACCUCCUAAGGGUCGUUUUGAUGUCCUGCCCCUCCUGCUACAAGCCAAUGGAAAUGACCCUGAGCUGUUUGAGAUCCCGGAGGACCUCGUCCUGGAGGUGCCGAUCACACACCCAAAGUACGAGUGGUUCAAGGACCUGGAACUAAAGUGGUACGGCCUCCCGGCGGUCUCCAACAUGAUGCUAGAGAUCGGUGGCCUGGAGUUCACUGGCUGCCCCUUCAGCGGCUGGUACAUGGGCACAGAGAUUGGCGUGAGGGACUUCUGCGACACCUCACGCUACAACAUUCUGGAGGAGGUUGCUAACAAGAUGGACUUAGACACCAGGAAGACUUCCUCCCUUUGGAAAGACAAGGCACUGGUGGAGAUCAACAUUGCUGUUCUCUACAGCUUCCAGUCAUGCAAAGUGACCAUAGUAGACCAUCACUCAGCCACAGAGUCCUUCAUGAAGCACAUGGAGAAUGAGUAUCGGGUGCGAGGUGGCUGUCCUGGAGACUGGGUGUGGAUUGUGCCUCCCAUGUCGGGAAGUAUCACACCGGUUUUCCACCAAGAAAUGCUCAACUACCGCCUCACUCCUUCCUUUGAGUACCAGGCUGAUGCCUGGAAUACCCAUGUGUGGAAAGGAGUCAAUGGGACGCCCACAAAGAAAAGAGCCAUCGGAUUCAAGAAGCUUGCCAAGGCAGUCAAGUUUUCGGCUAAGCUCAUGGGCCAGGCCAUGGCCAAGAGGGUGAAAGCAACAAUCCUGUUUGCCACAGAGACGGGCAAAUCGCAAGAGUAUGCCAAAACUCUCUGUGAAAUCUUCAAGCACGCAUUUGACGCAAAGGUCAUGUCAAUGGAUGAGUAUGAUGUGGUGGAUCUGGAGCAUGAGACGCUGGUGUUAGUGGUGACCAGCACGUUUGGCAAUGGUGAUCCACCUGAAAAUGGAGAGAAAUUUGGAGCUGCCUUAAUGGAGAUGCGCCACCCAACAUCAAAUACUGAAGAUAGAAAGAGUUACAAGGUCCGUUUCAACAGCGUGUCUUCCUACUCUGAUACCCGCAAGUCCUCCAGUGAUGAGCCAGAAGCCAAGAUUAACUUUGAGAGUACCGGACCUCUCGCCAACGUCAGGUUCUCAGUGUUUGGCCUUGGCUCCAGGGCCUACCCACACUUCUGCGCCUUUGCCCACGCUGUGGACACACUGUUUGAAGAGCUGGGAGGGGAGCGCAUCCUACGCAUGGGAGAAGGAGAUGAGCUGUGUGGCCAGGAGGAGUCAUUCAGAACCUGGGCCAAGAAGGUUUUUAAGGCUGCUUGUGACGUGUUCUGUGUCGGCGAUGAUGUGAACAUCGAAAAGGCCAACGACUCCUUGAUCAGCAAUGUCCGCAGCUGGAAGAAGAGCAAGUUCCGUUUGACGUACACAGCCGAGGCCCCAGUCCUCACAGAAGCAUUAUACAGCAUUCACAAGAAGAAGGUUUAUGGAGCAAAGAUGCUGGAAUCUCAAAACCUACAAACUUCCAAAUCCAAUCGCUCCACCAUAUUUGUGCGGCUCCACACAAACAACCACGACAGACUGAGCUACCAGCCCGGUGACCAUUUGGGCAUCUUCCCUGGCAACCACGAGGACCUGGUGACGGCUCUCAUAGAUAAACUGGAGGAUGCUGCACCUGUCAAUCAAAUUGUCAAAGUGGAGUUCCUGGAGGAGAGGAACACUGCCCUCGGGGUAAUCAGUAACUGGACAAAUGAUCCUCGUAUCCCUCCGUGCACAAUCUUCCAGGCCUUCCAGUACUUCCUGGACAUCACCACCCCACCGAGCCCAGUGCUGCUACAGCAGUUUGCUGCUCUGGCAACCGAUGAGAAACAGAAAAAGAAACUAGAGAUCCUCAGUAAGGGCUUGCAGGAGUAUGAGGAGUGGAAGUGGUACAAUAAUCCGACACUGGUGGAGGUGCUGGAGGAGUUUCCCUCCAUCCAGAUGCCCUCCACUCUGCUGCUCACCCAGCUUCCCUUGCUGCAGCCUCGCUACUACUCCAUCAGCUCCUCUCCAGACCUACACCCAGGAGAGAUCCACCUCACCGUCGCUGUUGUCUCUUACCAUGCCAGAGAUGGAGAGGGACCUAUCCACCAUGGAGUGUGUUCAUCGUGGCUCAACAGGAUAGAGAAGGGGGAAAUGGUGCCGUGUUUUGUGCGCAGUGCUCCUUCAUUCCAGCUUCCCAAAGACAACCAAGCACCUUGUAUCCUGGUGGGUCCAGGAACAGGUAUUGCCCCUUUCAGAAGCUUCUGGCAACAGAGACUAUACGACCUUGAACACAAAGGAAUUGAGUCGUGCCCCAUGAUCCUGGUGUUUGGUUGUCGGCAGUCUGAGAUGGACCACAUCUACAAGGAGGAAACCAUCCAGGCCAAGAACAAAGACGUGUUCAAGGAGCUCUACACAGCCUAUUCCAGAGAACCCGGCAAACCAAAGAAAUAUGUACAGGAUGCACUGCGCGAGCAGCUGUCAGAGACUGUGUACCAGUGCCUGAAGGAGGAGGGAGGACACAUCUAUGUGUGUGGGGAUGUUACAAUGGCCGGAGAUGUUCUCAAGACUGUCCAGCAUAUCAUCAAACAGGAGGGCAACAUGAGCCUAGAGGAUGCUGGCUUUUUCAUCAGCAAGCUCCGGGAUGAGAACCGCUAUCAUGAGGACAUCUUUGGUGUCACCCUGCGUACCUAUGAGGUCACCAACCGGCUUCGUUCGGAGUCCAUCGCCUACAUUGAGGAGAGCAAAAAGGACUCAGAUGAGGUUUUUUGCUCAUAGGUCUAUGAAUCGGGAGCUUUCUGACAACAACCAGUCUAGAGGACACAGCAACGCUGGUUCAAGAAUACUGUGCCAAUUUUUGUACUGUUAAAAAAGGGGGUUCUUUCUUUUUUUAUACCAAUCUAAUGUUUCUGUUGGGCUCUGCAAUUUUGUCUGUAGCAGGUUGGAAAUGUUCUGUUCUCUGAAAAUCUGUUUUGCUUGUUGAUACUUCCAAAAAUUAUAAAUUGAUCAUUUUGGUUCAUAAUGUGUGCACCUAUUGUAAUGACCUGCCUCAUUGUGAAUGCAUGGCCAAGACAAGAAUAUACUCAAGAAAUAUAAUAUACUCUGUGUUAUUGUUACAGUUAAAAGGCUUUUAUUGAGGUGAAGGGAAAAUGUGUGGUAUUGAUAACAAACUAAAAGACAUUACAGAAGUAUGAACUAAGUCAACUUCAUGGAAAGAAUCAGGGCAGACAAAUCAAUUUAGUUUUUUUUUUUAUAAUCAAAGAUUGUAGUUUCAGGACAAGUUCAAAAGGCAGAGAUAAGUGAAAGAUGUACAGGCAUGCAGAUAGAAAAAUGAAAAGCUGGUUUUCAUUGCAAAUACAUUUGGCGUGUUGACAGGUUGCCCUGAAUUAUAAAAAAGCGAUUCUGUCAGUCUCAACAAACACAUAGCUCUUCACUGGCAAUCCAUCAAAAUGCAUCAGCCUCUGUGCCAGCUCUCUUUUUAGUGGCCUGUCCAUUCUCUCAUAACAUCAUAAUGUUGUGUGUCCCAGCUGGUUUUGCCCAACCCACAGAGGCUACAUAGGAAUAUGCAGGGCAGCCACUAAUGAAGUCUGACCCUGAGUCAUUACAUAUUAAAAUUCAUUCUAAUUAAUCUUUAAAAAUGUUUGGGACCCCCAGAUUAUAAUAUUAUACAUUGGUGUGUUGAUUAUAAUAAAAGAAAACAUUUGUGUCAAAUCAUAUUCUCAUGGUGAAGGGAAAUUGUGUUGGAAAAUUCCCUUAUGAAUUAUAGAUGAUUAUUAAAUGAUUAAAUUAGUAGUUUUAAGAGUUCAAGGGUUUGGCAUUUUGGGAAAUGUGCUUACUCUCUAUAUUGUGGAUUUAAAGGAGGUUAUGUGUCAGAAUUGUUCUAGGCUGGAAGCAGAGAGUUGCUGCUGCCAGCCAUGCAAUGGUCCGGCCAGACUAGCUGAUUCCAGUCUAUGCUAAGCUAACACUCUCUGGGCUGUAGCGUCAUGUUUACCAUAUAAAAGUUUUCCCCCGCUAUAUCUAUGUAUCAAAAACAUUGUUAAGCAAAGCAAAAGUAUAUUUUUUUAGCACCCUGUGCUGCCCUGAUCAUAUCACACAUGACAGCUUGACCCAUUAAAAUUUUUAUCAGCAUCACAA